UUGCGCAGAUCUGCUCAUUAGUUCAGAUGUGGGUGCAUGAAUAGACAUUUGUGUGUGCACACACACAUACACACAUUAGUAUGCCACUCUGCAGCACUUCUCAGCAGGUGAAAGAAAUCUGGCCCAAUCAGCAGCACCCUCAACUCAGGUAUAUAAGGAAUCCACUAACCACUUUACUGGUUUUGCAACAGAGCUGAGGAAGGCAAACACAGCCUCCAAAGCAGCAUUUCAUGGAAAAGGACUUAUAAGGACUACCGGUAAGCCACUAACUGGGCUUAAUUGAAUGUAAUUUGACUGUAGUUUUGCAUUUGAGAAAUGAAAUGAAGAAUUUAUUGAAGUAACAGUUUGCAUUGCUAGUUUUAUAGUUUGGUUCCACUAAAUGUAUGUUAAACUCACAGCAACUAAUAUUUAAUGGAAAAACCUCAUGUCCUAAGGAAAAGAAAAAAAUGUAAUUCUAAAAUGUGUGGAUUUGUUUGAUUCAAAUUCAACCAGACAUGAAAUUUAAUAAUUUAAUACUGUGAAUUUAUGGUUAAAAUUGUAAGAGAAAUGUAUGUUUAAGGUUAAAAAUGGAAUUAGUCAUUAAGAUAAAUUAUUAACUUUGACCCAAAUGUCUAAAAUGUAUGUUAAAAUAUUUUGUAUGUGUUUUGUAGGUUUUUCACCUGUUCUGUUCAUUGGUUCUCACUCAUUGGUGAAAAUAAAAAAGAUUGAGUGAAUUCCUGAAGUCUUCAAGUCCUCCUUUUCAAGUGUAGGAAGCCAUGAAAUUAUAGGACACUUGACAGUGAAAAACCGCUCCAAUCAGAGGAGAUUCCAUUCUGCAACCAGAGACUGAAAUCUGCUAUCUGUCUUCCAAAGGAGGAAAAUGACUGAAUUAAAGUCCCUUGAUGACCUCAAAGCAGAGAGGACAACAGUUAAAAGACUUUUCUCCCGUUUUGCAAAUAACAUUAUGAGGACCUACAUGGAGAUGUCUAAGGAGGAUCUGGAGGAGAACUACAAGAAGCUUACACUGGAGAGCUCCAAAGUUAUGGAGGCAAAUGAGGAUGUGGAGGCUGCUUAUAUGGCUGAGUGCAAAGCAACUGCAGCUGAGGAGCUGAGCAAUCUUCUGAAAGCUGACAUAGAGAAGACGGAGAAAGAAUGUGAACAAAAGCUUAAAGAAGCUAAACUCCUUAUCCGAGAGACAAUGUGGGCCACAUAUGGAGAGAAGGAAUUGUCCCUGGCUCUACAAGUUGCAGAGGAUGAGUGCAAGAAUGUUUCUUCCAUCGGGCCAGACAUAACUCUGGAGGCAUAUGAGUUUAUGCUCACCCAUUUGGAGAAAUUGAUCCAGAAGGCAAAGGAAGCACACCAAAAUUGGAACCAUUGGGCCCCACCUGCCGAGAAAAAGGAUUUCAACUACCAUGUAAGGGAGCUAGAGGUGUGCCUCCCUAGGAUGGUUUCUCAGAAGGCUGUCUUUAUCGAAGCAGCAAGGAAGAAGGACACAACAGAGGAAAAAGCCUUAGUCCAUAGUCUACCUCCAAUAGCUGCAAUAAAACUGAAAGCCACAGCUUUACCAAAGUUUGGUAGAAGUAAACGAGACUAUUACAGAUGGAGAAAAGAAUGGGAGGCUCUCCAGAAGCAAGGUGAACCAUCUGGUUCGAAAGAAGUAAAGAAGUUUCAAUUGCUUGAUAGUCUCGAUGAGAAAUUGGCUAAGGAUUUACGCCUGUCAACAUACAAUUCAUCAGAUGAGAUCUUCAGAGUCCUGGACAAUCGUUUUGGGAACAAAGCUACCAUUGCUCUUGAGAUUAUUGAAGAAGUACAAGCAAUCCCACCAGUGAGAAAUGGUCAACCUAGACGAAUAAUAGAACUCAUCCAAGCUUUGGAGAAGGCUCUUAGUGACUUAAAUGAGCUAGGAAAUGUAGAUGCCAUAAAGAAUCCACUGGUGACUAAAUCCAUAGAGAGUAAGCUUCCAGAAACUUUAAAGAAAGACUGGCUCACCCAUAAUGCAACUGAGAAAGACAUCACUAGUUACCAGGAUUACUUUGACAAGAUUAUGGUGUUCCUUAGAUCACAAGAAUCCAUAUAUGAACAACUAGAUCAACUGAAAGAUCUCGUUGAACCCAUCAGAGAGAAAUCCAAGUUCUUAAAAUGUGCCAGAACCAAGACAACCAAGCACAGCAGUGAUACAUCAGGCUGCAUUGUUUGUGGUGAUCCAAAGCACAGGAAGAAACUGUAUUUCUGCAGAAGAUUUAGGAUCAAUCUAAAGCCAUCAGAUAAGAGGGAUAUAGUACAGCAACUUGGUGCCUGCAAGAAAUGCCUUGAACUCCAUAAUGGUGACUACUGUAAGAAAACUGAUUACCUGUGCAAGAACCCAGAGUGUAAAGACCAACACCACUUUCUUCUCUGCUUACUCGCUAGACCGCAGUCCCAAAGAACACCCAAAUCUGGCUCAGAGAAAGUGGAGGGCAAAAGACAUACUGAAGCCCAGGAAGAGUUUCUUUCCAAACUCCCACCUGAGCUGGCUCAGCAAUGUAAAGAUGCCUUCUGCAAUGUUGUGUCAAGGGCACACAACUCCACUAUUACUAAGACAGGCCUUCUAGAGGAGAAUGACUUAAAUGAGUAUCCAGUUAUCCUGAUGAUUCUUAACGUUACAGCCAAUGAUGGAAAAAGAAUUGGAUCCCUCAUUGACCUGGCAUCAGACACAAACUACAUUACACAUAAAGCUGCAAGUAAGUUGAAUCUUAGAAGUGAAGAUGUAACGCUUGUAGUCCAUGGUGUUGGAGGGAUGCAGGUGUCUGUUGAAACGAAGCGCUAUCUCCUUAAGAUACGUGUCAACUUGUACCUCAAAAAGUUCGCUCUGUCGGGGACCUGGUGUUAUGGGAUGGACCACUCGGCAAGACGAUUGGAGGCACACAUCCGGACCUCUUUGAAGAAGUUACCUUAAUGGCCCAUACAUCAGAGACACACUUUGCAAGAUCAAUGAGGACUGCAGCAGUCAAGUACAGUGAACUCACCUGCAAAUCUUCAGUUUCC